AUGGAAGGCAGAAAUCAGAACAAGGGUGCGAUGACUUCACCAUUUGGCCCAAAUCCAGAUGAUCCUUUGUUGUCCAUUGAAGGAAGCGAUACAGGGUUAUCGGAUGAUGCAUCGACUCCAGUGCCUCCUACCAGAGACCGGAGUCAGCAGCGUGGUGGAUUGAUUGGAAGCCUUCAUCAUCGAACGUCAAGCACAACACCUAUUCCACCACAGCUUGCCAGAGAACAAAGAGGCUCAGGCUCGGGCCACUCUGCAUCACUUAGUCUAGGUUCACUUAAUCCCCUGGGCCAGCAGCAACUGUCUAGUGAUCCUGUCCCUGGUAGGACAUCUCAUCAAAGCCAGAUGUCAAUGUCAUAUCACCAACCAGUUAGCUCUUAUAAUUCGCAGUCAUCGUCUCGGGCAACUCUCAACGGGCUACCAAUGUCCAAUAUUAUUAAAACAAAUACAAUCGGCUCCUCUCCCACGUCUGCAACACGUUUUUACUCAAGACAACAAUCAUCUCCUCACCAGCUAGCUAGAAGAACUAUGACAUCUCGAGGCAGGCCAGAAUCUCACUUUAGCCCAAUAAAUCUCCAAAAUGAACAACCGGAGGGAUUUUCUCACCAAGCGCACGCUUUAAAUUCAAAUCAUGAGCAAGUUCCAGCUGGAAAUUUUAAGUAUUUGGGUCCUAUUAACUAUAAUCCACUUGCAGAUGCACUAAAUCCCAAUGACACUUCAAACUACCCUACUCAGCUACCACCAAAUUUAAGACAACGUGCUCAGAUGCAAUUGGGCUUAUCUGCCUCAAGGGGCAUGGUAUUACCAGCAGAAUCACAUGCACCGAAGGGUACAGCAACUGGGUCAAGUAAUACUUCUCAAAGCACGUUUGGUGUUUUAGUUCCGGUAUGUAUUGUUCUUGCUCUUGGAAUGAUAUUAUGUUAAUAUUGAAGUAGCCGAGAAAAAAGAGAGGGCGUCCACUCGGGUCAAAAACGAAGAUUCCAAAUGGUAGGAGGACGCAACACCCACGACAGCGUACAAUCCUUCCCAGAUCCUCGGUAAAAUCCUCUCUUCCAUCAUCUGCUGUGAGUAUCUACUGAUAAAUAGCGUCGUUGUAUAAUAUCUAACUGCUUUAUUAACAGGCUCCUGUCUCCUUCAGUCAACAACUCAACGUGCUACGCGCAAGCCGUGGAGUAACAUUUAGCCUCGCAAAAAAUGCGUCUGCGAUGCUUAAUCCGUUUAGCGAGGUCGUCCCAGCCACAGUCAAGCUGGUCGCUGACGAUGGUCAAUUAUGGGUGUACAAGUACGCAGGAACUCGGCGUGGCUCAAAGUCGGAACUAAGCGGAAAUGUCACUGUUGCACAGCUUAAUGAAUGGGCAAACUCUAUCCUACGUCGAAGACUCCCAGAUAAUUUCCCUGCCACGCCUAGUGAGGAAUCAUCCUCUACUCCACCUAAGCCAAAAGCAGAUAAAUGGACAGAAUGGGAGAGGAAAUACUUAGAGGCGCAUAUCAUGGAUGCUUUGAAGGCAAAAAAGACUAAUCUCGACGAAGAAGACUGGCAGCUUAUUGCAGAAGCCCAGAAUGAGGAGUUCCUCCACUAUAAAAGGCUUCCUGGCUUACCUUUGGCGCAUUUGACGUCACGCACUCUCACUAUCGACAAUGUUCCCUUGAUUAGAGGUGGUGGCUUUACGAAGACCGAGGGAUACUUUCCAAAGCGCUCAAGCUCUGAAAUUCAGAGUAUACUUUAUCGUUGGCCUGAUGUUCAGGAGAAAAUCAAGGAGGAGAUCAAGAAACAUCAUGGAAAGACUCCAGAAUAUCUGGACUAUGGCACUGAUCUCAGUGACUCUGAAAGAACUUCAGAUGAUGAGAAUGGAGAGAAUGAUACAAUUAUAGUUGAUACUGGUGCAAGUGAGCUUGUCAGUGAGGAGAGGAAUAAUUCUGGCAGCCCGUUAAACGAGGAAUAGGGGCAUUUAUAGUGGUUAUUGAGAAUGUAUAAGGAAUUAGCAUAGGAUAUACGAGCAUUAGGAUAAUAUAAUAAUGAUAAAUCUAUCCUAAUAGUCCAGUAGACAGUUGAAAUAGGCUAUGACUGCUUCAUAAUAAAGAUGAAACGUUAAUACCUAUUUAUUGAAGCAGAAACUACGAUUAACAGGCUGAAGAAUUGAUUUCGCGGGGUUCUACCAUGAGUCGCUAAUUGGGAUGGUAUAUAUUUGAAGGCAUAGAGUAAUAGAGCAAAUGAACAAACAAUAAAUCUCUUAAUUGGAAAAUGCUAUCUUGUUUGUUUACUCUUCUAAUAUGAAUCUAAUCAUCCCAUCUUUCAACGUGAUUUACAAGCUCCACCCCCCAUCCAAAUGAAUUUGCACAGCCUCACUACUAAAGCCUAAAUGUCUUGUUCAACUCGUCCUCUUCUUAUUACUUACAACUCCAAAUCUUCUCAAGCUCGGUAUACCUUUCGAUCUAUUACAAUCUGCAGCUAAGGUAAUUCUUUCUUUUUAUACUUAUGUGACUUCGUUGUGUGUCUAAUCAUUCUCAGAUUAGCAAUAAUUGUCAAAAGCCAUCCCUAAGUUCUCGAACGGUUGAUUGCCAAAUCACAAGUAGUCAAAAUAUUUCAUCAUUUCCCGAAAUCGCCCAGGAGAUGGAUCUGCCAAAUCCAUCCGCUUCUCGAACCAAAAAUGCUGGUAAACGGGGAAAGAAACAUGACUGGACACUCAUGCAGAAGCAAGACCAUACUGAAGCACUAAUCGGUGAUCCACAACCAAAUAAAAUGCGCAUUGGGUUGGUGCAUUUGAGGGAGCCCGGCUUGUCUCGCGAGAUAUUUUACAAUCGGGGUUUUGGUUCUGGUGAACCAUUUGACUGGAACGAUCCUAGUGAUCUCUUCCUCUUGAAUAGUUGGAGACAAGACAAGAUUCGCAAGUACACGACAAGAAAUGAGGGACCAGUGGAGCGUACUGAGGUUGUCAAAGAUCAGGUUGUCAAGAACCGUUUUGUCCAAGGAGCCGCCAUACCGAGUGUAAUUGGCGAGUCUGGAGAUUCUAGCCGUGAAAUCGUCUCAAUGGUCAACCGCGGAAAAGAUAUUGGAAAAUUUCGUGUUCAGAAACACAGAUCAUCGCGCCGUGUACCGCCUAGAUUAUUAAAUGGUCGUCGCCAGCAUCCAUCUACCCUUCAACGAACCAUCGAGUGUCUUGACGUUGAUCUCGACAGUAUUGCUAGUUUGACAGAAGAGCAAAAGCAACACCGCCAAAAGAUACAGUUCAGAGACUGGACCAUGAUUUACCACUUUAUUGAGAUGGCUUUUGACUAUCCGAGUCGGGAGAUAGGUGUCAAUUAUAAUCUUUGA